GUAAAUCAGUUCGGUCGGUCUGCGCGGCGCUCCGCGGAUUCUUUACUAUUUACAGACUUUAACAAGCACUUUAGUUCGUUUAGUGGAUCCCUGAGGACGCAUACAACCCGGACAGAGUGACGGACUGAUGGGGGCGCGGGGGCUGAAGCGUAAGCUCCAUGAGAAUGACGAGAGUGGAAGCCCCGUCUGGGAGAGUCAGCUGCAGUCCGUUUUGGACAUCUCCUGGGACAAGUUCCAGCGUGACCAGGCCCUGGUGGAGCCCAGCUUACUACGUUCCGUUCUCAUCAAUAACACGCUACGCCAGGUCCAGUCGGAGGUCAGAACCUCUUUGUCUGGAAUCGGCGGCCCUCGGAAACUACAUACUCCUCCAAGGGUGCUGCCUGAGCUCCGUUCCCAGCAAGAGUGCACUCCUGCUGGGCUCAGUGCCUCCGUUUGCUCCCAGGGGGUGGAAGACGUGGAGGACGACUUCAUGGCCUGGUCCACCGAUGAGGACUUCUCCUUGUCUUCAGCCAUUUCUGCCAUCCUGAAAAAUCUUGAUGCCGCUCUAGAUGGCGGGCCAUCUGUUCCUCAGUGCUCUCCGUUAGCGUCUAUUGAGAACAUCCCGGGAGAUGGAAGAUACAAGCAGAGUCUGACCUUCAACCACAAGAUUGAGAGCUGCAGAACGUCUGAACUUGGAGCACCAGCCAGCAUGUCUGGUUUCCUCCAGGAUGCCACCAUCGAUGACCUUCUGUUGGACAUUGACACAUCGGUGUUCGACGGAGAAGUGAACGGUUUCGGUUCACGUACCUUCUCCUUUCCUGCUGACGAGCUCGUGAGAUAUCUACCAUCUCUGUCCAGCUCUCCAUCUGCACCGUCCUCUUCAGGUUCAAGAGAAAUGCACGAGCUGGAGCACAUUAUGGACAUACUCGUACGAACCUAAUAGCUUCAUAGUAAAAGCAAAAUGGUUCUGCGGUUGGUGAAGUUGCGCAAACAUUCGUUACGGAGUGAUAAAAGCCAUAAAGUUCUAGAGAUGGCAGUUGGCAGACUGAAAACUGGUGAAUCUGUUAGAAUAUUUUACUUAUUUUGUUUUCUUGGAGAAUAUAAAAUACGUAAUUUAAAGUAGUCUGAAACAGGCAGCGUUUAUAAUGUUUGCUCCACUACCUCGCUCAGGCGCUUUACAGUCCUUAGUGGUUAAACUUGAUCAUUGUUUCCCAUCGGUGCUUUCAUUAAUGCCUGAUUAACAGAUUAAACGGAUACAAAAAGAUCCUGACAAAUGAAAUCAUCUUAGUUCUAGUCAAUAUAGCUAAAAUCUUUUAUUAUGAGAUUAUACGAAUAUUAAAGUAGUUCAGUCUAUUUGACAACACUUUCCUUGUUUUAAAGGGUCUAUAUAAUCGAAAACUGGAUUUUCAUCCAUUUUCCAGGUUCUAAAAUGUACGUUUCCCUCCCCCGUCCAGACUGGCUAUAUAUGCACUUUCGGGUUCUGAAAAGUUCUCUGAAUUCAUCACAAAAAACAAAUUAUUUGCAUAUAUCUGUUGCGAUUCAGCCUGAAGCAGC